AUGAGUGGGAGGCUCCUGGAGCUUCAGUCUCUGAGGCGAGAGCUCUUUGAGGUGCGUGGACUGCUGAACCGCCUCGAGAGCCGCAUCCAGGCGCUUGAGGAAGAAGCAGCUUUUGAGCUGGUGGAUCCCUUGCCCGGGCCCGCUGCGGGGCCCUCUUCUCCCUCCCCCGGAUCAGGUGGAGGUUCGCUCUCCCGGGGUCCUCCCUUGUCUCCUCAGCCUGGUUCAGGAGGAGUUAAUCUCUCCCAGGCUCCUUUGCCUUCCCGCCUGCCCGGUUCAGGAGGAGGCAAUCUCUCCCGGGCUUUCUCUCCCCCCGAUCGGCCAGGAUCAGGUGGAGUGGAUCUCUCCCUGGCCUACGACCUCGCUUCCGAGGUCUUCCCGGAUCGCUCUUCGCGGUCGAACCCUGGGCCGCCGAACUCUUCUUUUCGGACGGCCGUGGCUAAGGAGGUUGGCCAGUUCCUCCGCAGGGCCCUGGACGGAGGGCAUUUGCGUACAUCGGGCAGGAGUGCCCUCACCCUGUCUUCCAAGUAUUACAUUGUCCUUGCUGACUUUGAGGGUCGGCGCUUCUCUGAGCCUUGUGUCUUCUCUGCCUUUGCGCCUGCGAAGGCCCUCUGCAUUCGUGGCCCGGACAAAGGGCAGAGCAUCUUUGUGGGGUCUGAAGGCGACGAGGAGGCAGGGGAGCGCUUUUCCCUCCAGAGGCUCCUCGAACAUUCAUUGGAGGGCUCCUCUCCUCGGAUCGGGGAGCUCAGGAUUGAAGCGGAGGCAGGGCCGACCCUGUCCUGCUCCAUCGUUGUGAUCGCCCAGUUUGAAGGCAGUUUUUUAGUGGCGGUUCCCCAGACGGCAUGGCAUCGCACGGCUGGGCGAAGGUACCUGCCCCGCACUGCGCUCAGCAGGACUGUGCUGGCCGAGGUCCUGGCAGCGGCGGCGGACGAUCCGUCUGCCAUGCGACACGGCGUGAAGCUGAAGGUUUGGCUGGGCAUGUUGGACCCCGCUCUCGAGGACCUGGUGGACUUCGCUGUGGAAGGCGAGUUGUCGCCGGAUGUGCCGUUCUUGGGCUUUGGCUCUCGAGCAUCGGAGCGUUUGAAUCCCUACGGUCCUGCCUUGUCAGCGAUAGCAUCCGAGCACUACGCCUUUCAGACUCCGGCAGAGGAUGUUCAGCUGGAGGGCGGUGGCGCCCCCCGCGAUGGGGAGGAAUCCUGGGAGCAUCGUUUGACGAGUUUGGAGGCCGCUGGGCUGCCUCUGCUUGCUGGACUCGAUCCUGUUGUUUUGGAGGCCGCCAGAAAGGCAGGAGUUCCAGAGGACCAGCUGGUGCGGAUGUCUCGCCUCGCUUUGAAAAGCUCCGCUGCUCCUGGCGCCAAAGCAAAGGUGGAUCUGCAAAUCUGGGGGGGGGGGCGAGACCCCGUCCAUACGGCAGUUGUCCAAAUCGGGCAAGUCCUCAAGCUGAUGCAGAAAGACAGGGAGAAGAAGAACGACCUCGAGGACAUUCUGGAAAGAGCGGAAGGUGGGGCCCCAGAUGCGAUGGGAGCCAGUGGUUCGAGCGGUCGCUCGAAAACAGCGGCCUAUCAGAAGCUGCGUGGCAUCCUUCGCUCGGCCCCAGAGCAGAUUUCGGCUUCCAUAGAAGGUCUGAUGAUGGACGACUUUGUGGGAGCUCAGUCUGGGCCGCAUCAGGAGGAGAGGCGGCUGUCAGUGCGGGGAUGGGUCGAGCACAGAAGCCACUUGCAACCGUACGCCGGUCCUAUCCGGCAGGCUUGGACCCUUGCUUCGAUCAUCGACCUCUUGAACAGCGGGAACAGCGAGCAAGCGAAAGCAGUCGCGCUCCUAGCAGUCGCUGCUUUAGACCAAGCAGCGAUAGACAAUGGAAGCUGGCUUCUUGCCAGCGAGUUCUCGAUGGACAUCCAGCCGCCGUUCUCAAGCUUUCAGCGGCCACGUCAGCUCGACCCUCUCGAAUCCAGACAGAGUCGUGUGAUCGACCCGAGGUGGAUCUCGCUCUACAUGAGUCGCAUUCGCGAACGCGACGCCUACCACACAGCAAAACGCAACCUUGGAGGCGGAGGAGGAGGAGCCCCGCCGCCCUCUACCGGAGAGUCCGUCCCUCCAGAAGUUCCUCCCAAGAAGCCGCCGAAGGGCGCCGGCAGAGGCGGAAAGGGCAAGGAGAAGGCUCUCCCGUGUGAGCCGCCCUCCCCGCCUCAAUCUUUCGAGCUUUUGCAUGCCCCUUCUUCGCCGGGCCGUGGUGGUAGCCGCGACUUCUGCUCCGAAACUGCGCCAAGCUAUGAAGGCUGCGAUAGGAGCGUUGGGCCCGAUGUAAGUUGCACAACGACGGACCCUGAUGGUCCCGUGCCUCCUCGGCACUCUUUUUCCGGGGCUCCCGCUUCCGCCCCUUCUUUGGAUCCUAUGCCGGAGAGUGCAGCGCCUCCUUCUGGCCCCGGGGCCAGAGCGCCAAGUGUCAUUCCUUCGGAUCUUUGGGAUACUUUCUUCGACUGCAUGAGCAGGUCAUCCUGCAAGCUUUCUUCUUUCUUUCAUUCCAUCCGUCUUCUACCUCGCGCUGAGCGAGGGCCUUCUUGCACUUCUGGUGCUUCCCGGCGGCAUGGCGUGUGGCCCAUGCCUCUUCCGUACCCCGAGCUUCAUGCUCCGCGAUCCGGCGGCAGAAGGGAUCCUGAGCAGCUCGGAGUCAAUGCAGUGGUGCUGGUCUUGAAUUUCUUGUUUCUUGGCGAGCCGGCCGUGGCAGGUCGCCAUCUCCGUCUCGGGCUGGGAGAACAGCUCACGAGCACCCAGCGGAGGGCUGUCGACUCUCUGCGCAUCGGAGUGUCGGCCUGGAACGCAGGCGGGCCCUAUGCGCCCUCCGAUCUCGGGCGGGCGGCUGCAAAGUUUGAGGCUCUGAAUGACAUGUUACUGGCUUGCCAAACUGAGGCCGAGUCGGUUCGGGCUUCCGGUAUCCCCUUGUCUGAGGUGCUUUUCAGCUUUGCAGCUCCGUGCAAUGUGCUGCCGGUCGAGCCUUCAAGGCUAAACUUCGUUGGCACUCCCAGCUUCGACCCGCUGCCUUUCUUGGACUCACGGAAUCGGGCUACAUACGCCCGACCCCUUGACUUUGCCAGGGACAUCCCGGAAGACGAGAGCAUCCCGCGAGUCGCCGUGAGAGCUGACCGGCGACAGACCUCGGAACUUCUCCAACUGCUUGAUGACAGCGGCCGCCUUCGUCUUUUUUCCGAAUCGGAAAUUCGGCCCAGGCUUCGGAACGGUUUGUUCAGCGUUGCUAAGGAUAGCUCGCGGGAUCGCAUGGUGCUCGAUGCUCGGCCCCCCAAUCAAGCUGAGGAGACCGAGACCCGUUGGAUACGAUCCUUGGGGACCCUUGAACAAUUCCAAUUCAUUUACCUGCCGGAUGAUUCAAAUUUUGAGAUUCACACAGAAGAUUUGAAGGAAUUUUAUCACGCCUUCAUCGUAGGUGAACAGCGAGCAAGACGGAACGCCCUCGCGCUCGAGCUGACCUUUGAGGAUGUUUCUCAUCUCAGGGCGUGCUCCAAGUCGCUCCGCGGCUGCCGGAUCAUUCCGAGCUUGAAUACUAUGGCAAUGGGGGACCUCAAUGCUGUAGCUCUGGGUCAGACUGCUCAUCUUUCGGUUCUCCUUAGGAGUGGGGUGCUUAGGCUCAGGGAUUUCAUCACGCUUCAGGGCCGCCCGGGAAGACCCGGCAGCCAAGUCGCUGGCCUCUUGAUUGAUGAUUUCAUUUUGCUUGAUCCGGUCCCGCGUCAGCUCCCGAGCCCUUGCUUCGAGCCUGCAGGCGUGCGGACCAUGCGAGCUGUCACUGAGUCGUAUCGCUCCAGCGGGCUUCCUCGCAAUGAAAGCAAAGCCGUGUCUCGCGCCGCGAUCGCCGAGUUUUGGGGCGGGCGGCUAGAUGGUCGUAGCGGUCUUCUCCGGCCAGGGCCGAAGCGCACUUCAGCUCUCGCUCAGUUCAUCCUUCAGCUUGUCCGAGGAGGCGUCACUUCGGUCGGGAUGUUGGAAGUUGUCGCGGGGGGCCUGAUCUCAGCCCUUCAGUUGCGGCGCCGCCUCCUCAGCGUCCUCGAUUCGGUCUACAGCGUGCAGCGCCACCGAGACCGGCGUGCCUUUGUGCCUGUUGUGGGAGAGCUGUGCUCGGAGCUGCUAGUCAGCGCCAUGUUGCUUUGCCAGGUCGAUGUCGACUUGCGGGCGCCCGCUGCACCAGUGCUCUUGACUACUGAUGCAUCUUCUACGGCUGAAGCCAGUGCGGCAGUCCAAGUGCCCGAGCGUUUCUCCCUUGAGAUGACUCGCCAUGGUUUGCAGCGUGGCCUUUGGGCUCGGCUCCUUUCGCCUGCGCAGGCUGACCUGCGAGAGCGGGGAGAGCUGUCGGAUUCGCAGGAGCUUCCUGAAGCUGUGUACGUCUCUCACCCUCUUUGGGAGGAAGUCUGCUCGUCUUUGCAGUUCCAGCAGCUCGGUCGUACCGUGAAGGUUAAAGCGCGGCGGCAUAUAAACAUCGGGGAAGUGAGGGCUGCUGUUCGGGGGGAGGAGCGAGUCGGUCAGGAUUUCCCGGGGCGAAGAUAUGUCCACCUGCAGGACAGCCAGGUCAGCCUAGGGUCUUUCGUGAAAGGGAGAGCUGCCUCCUCCGCUCUCAACCGAGAGCUUCGGAGGUCGAUUCCCGGACACUUAGCCAAUCGGGUGAGGCCCUCGUACGGCUACAUCCAAUCUAAGCUUGCAGGCCUGCCGCCCGAGAAUGAGCUGUGGGCCGACGCCCCAAUUGGUGAGGUCCCAGGCCCCGCUACUGCGCGGAUGCGUGCUGUACUUGGGCCCGAGCAGAGGGCUGCCAGCAUCCUUCAGAGGGCCCACCUCGGAGCCGGGGAGGCUCUCGAGAUCUUCCGCCGCCUGCCGAAAGAGCUCUCCGCCAGGUCCACAAAGUGGAGCAGAACUGAAGCCUCGUUCUCGGCGGGAGUCUUUGUGCACGGGGGCAUUGUUGGGCUCCGCCGGACGACGGGGCUGUUCCCGAACUGCAUCCAGGUUUUCACUCGGCUGAUUCGUGAAGCUCAGCCUGGGUUCGUUUUCAGUUCCCUCAGCGUCAAUCAGAAUGUGCGGACCCUGCCACACAUUGAUAAGAAUAAUCUUUCGGGAGAGCCCAACCUAGUUGUUCCCCUUUCUCGGUUUAGGUCUGGAGGUAUAUGGGUCUUAGCUGAAAGCAGCUCCGAGCGUCUUCGACACAGAGGCAAGGAUCACUACGGCGAGGUCCUCCCAGUCAGCGAGCGAGCUGUCAGCUUCGAUCCUCGACGCCUUCAUGCCACGCAGCCAUGGACUGGAACCAGGGUUGUCCUUAUAGGGUUCACGGUUAGGGGCUGCGAGAAGCUUUCUGAUGCCCAGCGUGCUGAAGCCCUCGACUUGGGAUUCGUGUUGCCUCCUGAGCCUAAUGCUUCUCCUCCUUUCUUUCCGAGCUCUGCCGGCGUGCCCAAGCCUCUGCCUGCAAUUCGAGCCCCGGCGGAUUUGCUUUGCGUUGAGGGUCCUACGAAGGUUGACCCGCCUAGCUUUGUAGGCGGUGACAUAGGGCCUUUCGCUGCUUCCCACGCUCCAAGGUCCGGGCCUGCUAGCUCGCGUGGAUUUGAGCUUUCCCCUGAGCUCCGGCGCUCCCUUCUCGAGAUGCCUCCUGGGCGCUUCGUCAUCUCCUCUGCAUUUGGCGACCUUUCCUCAGCCCUCUCCUCGGCUCCUGGGUGGCUCGAUCUUUUCUCUGGGUCUCGGGGUUUUGCUAAGGCUCUUGCUGCUGCUGCUCCCUGCUGGGUGUUAUGCGUAGAUGUGAGCCAUGGCCUCGACGAAGACCUCCUGCGCACUGAUCUGCAAAAAGAGCUUCUGCGGCUCAUUCGGGGCCGAGCCUUUCACGGCGUCAGCGCUGGGCCUGUUUGCAGCUCGUUUUCCGGGGCGAUGACGCCGUGCUGGCGUACCGAGGAGUUUCCUCAAGGCCGUCCUGACUUGCGGAGCGAUCAGCAGGAUAAGGUCCUUGCUGGGAACAUGAUGCUGGAGUUUACUCUCGAGGUCCUGCAAGCUGCUGAAGAUGCUGGGAUUCUUUUCUGGGUCGAGAACCCUCAAAAUAGCUGGUUCUGGAGGCAGCGAGCUUGGGACAUCCUGAAGGAGACUGUUCGCUGGGAUGAUUUUCUCUGUGAUAUGUGCGUCUUCGGUACACUCUGGAGGAAGGCGAUCAUCGUCAUCAGGUCUUACGGGGAAGAGACCGCUCUUCCAGAGUCAGCUGGAUGCUGGCUGGCUUGGGGAUUUCAGGCCUCUCGACAUCUCUCGGUGCGCGAUGCUGUCCAACUUCGAGAGGUCGCUACUGUGACAAAAGCGACAGCUGUUUUGCGUUCUGGAAUUUGGGCUGCUUUCAAGGCACUUCUGAGCUACGGUCAGGUCCUGUACGAUCGCGGGGCUUCACUUCAGGAGUUCCGCCAGUUGCUUGCACAUUGUCCUCAAGUGGUGCCCCGCAUCCGUGCCGGACUGAAGCCCGCCUGGGAUUUACUUACGAAGUGGGAGCGACUGGAGCCAACAGUCCACAGGACACCUAUGCCCGAGCCGAUUCUUUGGGCUAUGAUCGGACUGAGUGUGUCUUGGGGCUGGCUCCGAUGGGCCGCCGUAACUCUUUUAUGUUUUCUGGGCUGUUGCCGCAUUGGUGAGGUUUUAGGUGCGACUAGGAGGGACUUGCUGACUCCUUGGGACCUCCUGCAGAACGACCGACGGUUCUACCUUGUCUUCAGGGAGCCGAAGACACGAGGCCGAGGAGCUCGAGUCCAGCAUGUCGCUAUUGACCUCGAGGAGCACCUUGCCGGCUUCGUCAGAAGGGUCCUUGGGUCGCUCCCCCCGCGGGAGCUCCUCUUUCCUGGGAGCGCCGGAGUUUAUCGGCGCCGUUGGGACAGUGUCUUAGCUGCUCUGGACAUUCCGGCUAAAUUCAAGCUCACGCCGGGCUGUUUGCGUGGUGGUGGAGCUGUGGCAGCCUACCGCCGGAAACAGCCCAUUGCAGAUAUUCAGUGGACGAUGAGGCUGCAGCAUCAAGCCACGCUUGCUUAUUACUUGCAAGAAGUCUCUGCUGAGUCUGUGCUUCCGAAGCUUUCAGUCGACGCCAGAAAGAAUAUCGUCGCUACUUCUGCUAUGCUUCCGUACCUUCUCCGUGGUUCCCCAGCGCACUAG